AUGCAUUAUAUCAACGUUCACAAUCAGUCCGACCAUGACCAAAUGUUCGAGGUACACGGCUUCAACAACAACCACACCAUCAACGUCAAGCCAGGAGCAACGACAGUCUUCCCAGCUCCGGAUAGAACCUCAGGCGCAAUCAUCGCCGUGCACGAUGGUUUCGAAAGUGAGCAAGCCGAGAUUACCAAGGAUGGUUUCAUGGGCAACGAUUUUAUCGACGUAAGCAACAUCGUCGGCGCCGGCGGCAACAUCACCGUCCAACAAGUUGGGGAACCCUCCACUCGCAAAGGAGACCCGGUCUUCAUGCAACAGCUCAACGCGUCGUGGCACCGAGCGAGCGCCGGUACAAAAGCGUCGCUGAAAGAGUGUGUGCAUCUGAACGAAAAGGGCGACGUCGCGAGGAUAUCCGCCAUCAAAGAUUACCCCCAGCUGGAGAGGUUCGUGCGCGGAUUUGCGGAUGGCAAGACAUACAUCGGCGUUGGUGCUUGGGGGGGCAGUCCCGGCGUUGGCAGUGACAAUGCACAGAGCUCCGCUGCGCACGGCGACAAAGACAUCCUAAUCACCUACGCCGACGGCGACGCGACCCCAAGCCCCCCUGCCCACAUGGCGCACCGCCCAACGCAGAAGCGCCUCGUCGAGCACACGACCGGCGAGCACAACCACGGCGGGCCCGGUAUAAUCCUCACCAACAAGUCCAACAAACCCUGCACGUACUACUUCUACGACAACUUCUGGAACGGCAACGGCACCGCCGGCUGCAACUUCACCCACCCGUCCAAAGCCACCACCGUCCGCCCCGCCACCACCACCUUCGUCCCGCUGCCCUCGACCUUCAAAGGCCGCGUGCAGCGCGGCACCGCCCUGCCGGCGACGUGGGUGGAGUUCCAACUGUGCGCCGCGAACGACGGGGCGGCGCACGGGGACGUGUCGCUGGAGCAAGGGUGCGACGGCGCGGCGACGGUCGCCUCGACGGACGGCAGCGACCGCAGCAACGGGUUCCACGAGGACAUCCUGCGCGACGCGCCGCACGCCGCCGUGACGCGGAAGCCGGGCGGGGAGGUGGCGCUGGCGAGCACGGUGGGGAACUGGAUGGCGGGGCCGAACGGGGCGGCGGUUGAGUGGGCGAGGAAGAUGGUGGGGCAGGAGAGGGCGUAUAUCACUGGUGGGACGGGGGUGCCGGAUGUGGCGAGUCAUAAUCAGGUGCUUGCGGUGGACUUUUAUUGA